AUGGGUCAAGGUUAUUCCAUCAACGUUUCUGCUGGCUCGGCUGGUAUUGAUGUCCCUGAACUCGCCGAUCUCGAGACAGAGAGGAGUCUGGGUGCUGUACGGUUCAUGAAAACAAUCCGCGCAAGACACAAGGAUGGACUCGUGAUUGCCAAGGUCUUCAUCAAGCCAUACCCCAACUUGAAGCUCGAAGAAUACUCGCGGAAGUUGUUCUACCAGAGGAGAGAGCUCACAGACGUACCGAACACUUUGCCUUACCAUCGCAUCAUUGAGACUGCAACAAAUGGCUACCUCGUUCGCCAAUAUAUUCACAGCUCUCUCUAUGACAGGAUCAGCACAAACCCUUCGCUUGAGGAUAUUGAGAGGAAGUGGAUUGCAUACCAACUUCUGUGUGCUGUCAGAGAGUCACAUGCGAAGAACAUCUGCCAUGGAGACAUCAAGACCGAGAACAUGCUUGUGACUACCUGGAAUUGGUUAUACCUGACUGACUUCUCCACUGCAUUCAAGCCGGGACGACUGCCCGAGAACAACCCAGCAACAUUCUCCAUCUUCUUCGAUACCACAGGCCGUCGCAUCUGUUAUGUUGCACCUGAACGAUUCUAUGAGAGAAAGAAUAGAGAGACAUGGCAUGAAGUCACCUGGCCGAUGGACAUCUUCAGUGUGGGGUGUGUCAUUGCUGAACUCUUUACCGAGAAGCCCACCUUUACGCUCACUCAAUUGUUCAAAUAUCGUAGAGGAGACUACGACCCGACACACACUACGUUGAACAACAUCAAGGAUGAGAACAUCCGAGAGAUGGUUGCUCACAUGAUCCAGCUCGAUCCGGCAAAACGUUAUAGUGCCGAAGACUACCUACAGUUCUGGCGAGGCAAAUGCUUCCCGGACUACUUCUACACAUUCCUGCAUCAAUAUAUGCAUCUCAUCACAGACCCGACUUCCGGCAGGAAACCAGUGGUGGUUGGAGCAAAGAAUACAGGAGGAUCAGAUGAUCGCAUCGAGCGUAUCAAUGCCGAUUUCGACAAGAUCUCAUACUUCCUAGGAUUUUCAGACGUGAACAAACUCGAAAAGUCCACUCGCGCACCGAUCACUUCAGGUCUGGAUUUGUUCCCACUCCAAGUGGACUUGCCAAACAAUAGACAUGAUGCAGCAGAUCGUGCUGGAAGUGUUCAAGAUAACGGCGCUCUCCUCUUCCUCAAUGUUGUGAUUUCGGCCUUGCGAACGACUGCUCGCGCUAGUUCUAAGAUCAGAGGCUGCGAACUACUUCUGGCGCUAGGAGAAAGAUUGACCGACGAAGCCAAGCUCGAUCGAGUGCUGCCUUAUGCUAUUGCUCUGCUUGAGGACGAGUCAGAGAAUGUCCGCAUGGCUGCUCUAAGGACCAUCACCCAGCUGCUAGCCAUCGUCACUGUGCUAUCACCUAUGAACGUCUUCAUAUUCCCCAACUAUCUGCUACCUCGUCUGCAGAAGUUUGUCGCAAGCCCUAUGUUCCGCAAAUCAGGACCGUUAAGAGCGACAUAUGCAACUUGUCUUGCAAGUCUAGCCACAACAGCAGCCAGAUUCUUGGACAUGAUGCAAGCAUUGCGUGCCGAUGGAUCUUUACCCUCAACAGAUCCAGAAGCAGAAGACGACAUUACUUCGUACGCUGCCUAUCAAAACACCUAUGACACUACUCGCGAAGACCUAAUUCAACACUUCGAAGCGCAGACCAAGCUGUUUCUGCAAGACGACGAUUCUUCCGUCAAGAGAGCAUUCCUUGGUUCUGUCACCAACCUUUGCGUGUUCUUCGGCGAGACCAUUGCCAGCGAUCUGAUUCUUACACACUUGAAUACAUAUCUCAACGAUGAAGACUGGACGCUGAAGUGUGCUUUCUUUGAGACUAUAGUUGGUGUUGCUGCUUUUAUUGGUGGACCAAGUCUGGAGGACUUCAUACUUCCGCUAAUGGUACAAGCAUUGACUGAUCCAGAAGAAACUGUGACCGAGCAAGUAAUAAGAUCUCUCUCAAGCAUGGCACAUCUUGGACUGUUCCAGCGAUGGACGACUGUCGAGCUGGUACUGAUUAUAUCUCGCUUCACUUUACAUCCGAAUGUAUGGAUACGUGAAGCAGCUGUCCAGUUCAUCGAAGCAUCGUCAACUCAUCUCUCUGAUGCAGAUGUCUGGAGUAUGAUAGUGCCACUGCUGCAGCCUGUGUUGAAAAUGCCGUCAGCUGGUCUUUCCGAAUUCGAACUUCUGGAUGCUCUCCAAAAGCCGUUCCCUCGACCAGCAUAUGACCUAGCAAAGACCUGGGCAGAAAAGGCCGACAAGAGCGUUUUCUGGAAGCAUGCACAACAAGUUAAGAGUUUCUCUUUCGAAGCAGGCGGCAGCAAAACUCUGUCUGACUUCUACCAUGAUGGCGAUUCUCGUGUCUUGAGCAAAGCAAUGAAGAAUGAGGACGAUGAACAAUGGCUCGCAAAGCUUCGCGUUGCUGGCAUGCGCACUGAAGAUGAGCCCAAACUUCUUGCGCUAAGAGAUUAUAUUUGGCGAACGACCAUGCGCUCAGACAAAGAAGUCAUAAAGCAAAACGACUCUCAACUCAACCAAAUCGUCUCCUUGAAUGCGAUACAAGUACCUUUGCAGAAUGUCUUCUUUGAAGCAGAGACUGUCUCUUACGAACCAUACCGCCCUCAAACUGAUCCCACGAAACAAGGCGUGAAAACAUCACUCGAGGAAGCUCUACGCGAUGCUGCCACACCAGCAGAGCAGGAUGCCAAGAACCUGUUCAACCCAGCAAGAGGCAAGCCGUACCCAACUACAACGCAGCAAGCAUCAAGCACACCUGGGCCAUCAGACAGCUCUCGGGCUCAACCCACGCCCAUCAAUGGCAGGACGCCUAAUCAUCGUAAGCAGAUGGCAAGCAUUGACGCUCCCACACAUUUAUCGACAUCUCCAGCGUCCACCAUGUCUAUGAGAAGUGGACAUAACCAUGUGCUCCACUCAAAGUCAAGCGCAAUGAACCUCAUGAAGCGCACAGAACAGACAAAAGCAUAUGCAGAAACAGGCACUGACUCGGUCAAUGCUGUCGGCAAACUCGAUGUCCCUGCGAACCAAGCGUCUGUCACGCCUUCGCAAUCUGGCCAAGCUACACCCACCGCACGUCCAGCGCGACCCAAAAUCUCUGCAACGCACUCUUACCAUGGUGGUGAUCCAACUGUUUUGAAGCUAUUAGACUCAGUCUAUACUGGGGCCAAUCCGGGCAGUGACCGUGAGUUCGGCCCCAGAGUCCCGACACGCCCUCGUGCUCGCAUGGCAACCAAGAACGCCCCAAACCAGCAAGCGCAAGGUUACUGGAAGCCAGAGGGACAGUUGACUGCUGUUCUUGAAGAGCAUGAAGCACAAGUCAAUUGCAUUGCUGUGUCACCAGAUCAGGUGUUCUUCCUGACUGGUUCAGAAGAUGGCUCAGUCAGAGUUUGGGACACUAGCCGUUUCGAACGUAACAUGGCAUAUAGAUCGCGUCAAGCUCACAGACAUGCUUCUGGCGCAGCAAUAACCAGUAUCUGCUUCGUAGAAUCUACACAUAGUUUCAUCUCUACGGCAUCAGACGGAACGGUUGAUAUUGUCAGGGUCGAGGUGACCGAAGCAAAUGGUUCACUACGUUAUGGCAAACUCCAGGUCUUGCGAAGCUGGCAGAUUCCUACUCAGCCUGGACAGAAAGAAUAUGCUGUUGGUGUCGAGCAUGGGAAGACAGAUGGUACAUCGGUCUGCGUCAUUGUCACAAAUCUCUGCCGUAUCCUGUUCAUCGACGUUUACUCGAUGGAAGUCAUGUAUGAGCUCGUCAAUCCGAUACAACACGGUACACCGACAUCGUUCUGCAUAUCAAAACGAUGGCAGUGGCUUCUGGUUGGCACUUCUCAUGGUGUUCUCGACAUCUGGGAUCUUCGUUUCCGUCUCCGGCUUCGUGCUUGGACAGUACCUCGGCCGGCACCCAUCACACGUCUUACCCUCCAUCCAAGCAGAAAAGACAGUAAGCGAGUAAAGAUCUGUGUUGCUGGUCUGACAUCUCCAAGCCACGUAUCCGUAUGGGAUCUUGAAAAGCUGGUCUGCAUUGAGGUGUAUCACGUUGAUCAGACUGACAGUAGUAGCGCUCUGAAAGCAAGAGACUUUGAACUUCUGAACGUUGACGAAGACAAGUCUGGCGCCAUGCCAUCUCGCAUUCUUGGAUCUCUUGCAUCAGACCCGCACCUUAGCGCUCGCCCAUCUGACAAUGGUAAGGACAGGUCAGGAAGAGGAUCGGGUGCAAGUGCGGGCGCUGUCAAAGCAUUCAUUAUGUCAAUGCACACUUCGCCCGAUAGCUCAGAACCCAGACACCCUUUCCUCGUCACCACAGGACCAGACUGGAAGAUUCGCUUCUGGGACACCGAUCGCAUCGCCUCAUCCAUGAUCGUCAACGACAAAGACGACAAAGCCACCUACACAGCCUCCAAAUUCGGCAACGACAUCUCCGUCUACACAGAGCAAAACCUCAACGACAGCGCCUCUGAAAAAGACAAAGGCUCAUCAAGUCCAGCCCCAAACCGCGCAAGCACAAUCUCACCUGUAUCGAACGAUGCAGACAGUGAAAGAGGCAGUACAUCAAAGAGAAAGAAGGAGAACAGAGAAGGCAAGAUUGCUAGAUAUGAGGUUAUUCGCAAGUCGGCGAAUCAGUUGCUCAAGGGUCAUAAGGAUACUGUUACUGCUGUUGCUUUGCUGGAGUAUCCUUUUGGCAUGAUCAUUUCUGCUGAUCGCUCUGGUGCUGUGUAUAUCUUUAGAUGA